GUCAAACAGGACGUGGGGGGGCUCGGCAUCAGCAUCAAAGGUGGCCGGGAGAACAAGAUGCCCAUCCUCAUCUCCAAGAUCUUCAAGGGACUGGCAGCAGAUCAGACCGAGGCGCUGUACGUGGGAGAUGCCAUCCUGUCUGUGAAUGGCACCGACCUGUCCGAGGCCACACACGACGAGGCGGUGCAGGCACUGAAGAAGACGGGCAAAGAGGUGGUGCUGGAAGGUAAGGGGCAGCGGGGUGCCCUGCUUAUGUACGGCCUGUGGGUACCCUCAUGUCCUCCGCUCCCGGGCUCUGCUCUUCCCAGAACUUCCAUUUAAAUCCUCCCCCUUAGC